CGCUUGGAGCGCUGUCCUCUGCGCACGCGCUUUAUCUGUCCGGAACGGUAGUGAUUACUGUCCCGUUCUCACUUCUUGACAAAAUCUCUCUGCUAACGUGCUGCUGUGGGACGAAGCGCGGGAUGCACGACACGGGCCAGAGUGAGGGCCACCUCAAUGGUGUGCUGCACAGCGAGCGGGUGGCCAUCCUAGACGCAGGGGCCCAGUAUGGCAAGGUCAUUGACCGGCGCAUACGUGAGCUCUGCGUCGAGUCUGUCAUGCUGCCCCUGACCACCAGCGCCAAGACACUCGUCAGCCAGGGAUACAGGGCCAUCGUCAUCUCUGGGGGUCCUGGCUCCGUGUAUGCACCCGAUGCUCCCAAAUACGACCCUGAGAUCUUCCAAUGUGGCCUUCCGGUUCUGGGCAUCUGCUAUGGAAUGCAGAUGAUCAACCGUGAGUUUGGUGGAACUGUGACGCAAAAGGACUCUCGAGAAGAUGGGCAAUUCAAGAUUCUGGUGGACCAGAAGUGUCCAUUGUUCAAAGGCAUGGACAAAGAGGAAGAGGCACUACUAACCCAUGGCGACAGUGUUGAUAAGCCUGCAGAGAACUUCAAGGUUAUCGCUACGUCGGGAACAACUGUUGCAGCAAUCGCCAAUGAGAAGAUGAAGCUGUAUGGUGUGCAGUUCCACCCCGAGGUGGACCUGACGCCCAAGGGCAAGGCCAUGUUCUCAAACUUCCUCUACGACAUCGCUGGCCUCUCGGGCAACUUCACCCUGCAAAGUCGAGAGGUCGAGUGCAUCGAGUACAUCCGCCGGACCGUGGGACAGAGCAAAGUCUUGAUGUUGGUUAGCGGCGGUGUGGAUUCCACGGUGUGUGCUGCCCUCCUGCACAAGGCGCUUCGGGAGGACCAGGUGAUAGCGCUGCACAUAGACAACGGCUUCAUGCGCAAAGAUGAGAGUGUACAGGUGGAGCAGUCUCUGCGGCAGCUGGGCCUUAGCCUGCGCAUGGUGGACGCGUCGCACCAGUUCUACAACGGCACCACGACUGUACCCAUUGACCCCAAGGACCCCCAGCGUAAGCGUACCACCAAGAUGCUCUGUGUGACAGCACAUCCCGAGGAGAAGCGCAAGAUCAUUGGGGACACCUUCAUGCGGGUGGCCAAUGAGGUGAUUAGCGAGCUUCAGCUGAACCCGGAAGAGGUGUUCCUGGGGCAGGGUACGCUGAGGCCCGACCUUAUCGAGAGUGCCUCGCACCUGGCCAGUGGCCAGGCAGACGCCAUCAAGACGCACCACAACGACACCGACUUGGUGCGGCAACUGCGGGCACGUGGUCGCGUCGUGGAGCCCCUCAAGGACUUCCACAAGGACGAAGUGCGUGCCUUAGGCCGUGACCUUGGCCUGCCCAGUGAGCUUGUCCAGAGGCACCCCUUCCCCGGUCCUGGCCUUGCUGUCAGGGUAUUGUGUGGUGACGAACCUUACAUGGAGAAGGACUUUUCAGAAACUAGUGUCUUGGUCAAGAUCAUCAUUGACUACUCUAACUCACUUAAAAAGAAGCACUCCCUCAUUAACAGAGUUCAGAAUGGUGCGACGGAAGACGAGUGCGAGUUCCUCAGUCGCGUCUCGACACAGUACAAGCUCGCAUCUACCCUGCUGCCCAUAAAGAGUGUUGGUGUUCAGGGUGACCGGCGAACGUACAGCUACGUAGUAGGCCUCUCGUCGGCCGAAGAGCCCAGCGACUGGGAGGACUUGAUGCGCCUAGCCAAGCUCAUCCCCAAGAUAUGUCAUAACAUCAACAGGGUGGUGUACAUCUUUGGUGGCCCCGUGGCAUUUCCGGUGCAAGACGUGACACCAACGUUCUUGACGCCUCUGGUGCUGAGCACGCUACGGCAAUGCGACUUUGUGGCACAGCGGGCACUGCGGGCUUCUGGCUACCAGUCUACACUCUCGCAGAUGCCAGUGAUUUUGUUGCCCCUGCACCUUGACCGGGAUGUCGUGAGCCGACAGCCGUCGUGCCAGCACUCGAUUGUCAUCAGGACGUUCAUCACUCAGGACUUCAUGACCGGAAUCCCCGCCACACCAAACAGACACCUACCCCUGGACGUCAUCAAGAAGAUGGUGAGCGAAAUCCAGGCUGUCCCCGGCGUCUCUCGUGUCAUGUAUGACCUUACACCCAAGCCUCCAGGAACGACGGAGUGGGAGUAGAAGACACAAUGUGCGAUUGUGACGGCAUCAGCUCCACUGUGCUCUUUUGCCCUUGCAGCUCAGGGCUCCGUCUCAGUUGUUCUGCGUAUCUCAACUUUCGUUGCGGCAUUUUUCUGCCUUGGGAUCGGCAUCUGUAUGAGACUGAGUUAGCUAUGUUUUAGACUGUUGUUUUGAAUUGGACUUCUAUUGUUUUCUUUGUUCAUUUCCCCCCUCGUACAUUGUUUUAGUCCUCGAGGAACUUUUUUUUUCUUUUCUGACAGGUCUUUGUUCUGUAGUUGACAUGAAAUGUUAAACUGUCCAGUGAGCAAAGCUGGCAUUGUUUCUAAACCUUUCUUUGCAGCUAAAGUCUUGUUUCUUGAGGACAUCCUGUGAAUGAAUUCUCUUUUCUUCCAUUUUUAAAAUGCAAGAAAUGGGAGUGAUACUCUAAUAAUGGCUGCUACUGUUUUCUCUCAUUCAGAAAGGUUUGUCGGGUAAUGUCUGCAGCAUUAACCCUUGCCCAGAUUGCGCUGCACAGACAUAUUGUUUUGUUUAAUCUGUUGCUGCAGAGUUUGCAUUGCUUCUCUGUGGAGUACUUGAAUGCAGUAGCAUUUUCUUUCGUGUGCUUUACAAUUGCGCUAAUGAUGGGCAGAAAUAGGCUCUGGUUUUUAAUGACUCCAACCAGUGUGUGCCAGAAACAUAAUAUAUAACUUUUCCUUGGUUCUGAAAAGUAAACAGCAGCCCUUCAGAGCGCAUUGGGGCCUUAAGAAGCCUGUCGGAAGCUGUGUAAUGCAGUACAAAAGUGCAAAGAACGGAAGUGUCUGUGCUGUGAACAAACCUUUGCUAACAAGCGGCACGUGCAGAGAGAUUUUGUUCCGCGAACGGUGCCCCUGCAAUGAAUGAGUGAGCAGUGUCACUGUAGAAUGUUGCUAGGUGAAAGUGAUUAAAGAAUAUGAAAUUUUGGCAAGUGCA